UCGUAGCCAGAAUAUGAUAACAAUAAAUAUAUCGUAAAAGAAAGUGUUUUUAACCAUAUCUGCACUGAAAGUAUAUACGUAAAAAAAUAACAUAAAAACGGAUCCUUUCUUUCUACAAGUGCUCGAAUCAACAUAAAAUUAUUUUUACAUAAAAGAAAGGCAAAUAAAAAAUGUACAAAUUUCGAAGCGAUGCUGUGAUAUUCAGCAUAUUAUUGAGUGGAUGGUGUGUGACUGCAACCAAAUUGGGUUUAUACGACGAUUAUGAUUACCAAAAUUUCACUUAUCACACAUACAAUCGACGCGUUCGAUUUGAUACAAAAUUCCAAUUCAAUCGUAGUAAUAGCAAACGAUCUAUGAUUCUGGCAAACGAAAAGGAAUUCAAGUAUUACAAUGUGGGAGUGCUGAUGGCAUCACAUUUGGACUCACCGUUUGAUUUGGAAAGAUGUGGUCCAGCUGUUGACUUGGCCUUGGAACGAGUCAAUGAAGAGUUCUUGAAAAAACACCGUAUUCGACUGAGGAAAGUCCAGGGGAGUUAUCCAAGUUGUUCGGGGGCCACAGCACCGGGCUUGGCAGGAGAUAUGCACUUUCGUGAUGAAGUCAUUGCGUUCAUUGGACCGAGUUGUGCAUUUGCUUUGGAACCGGUGGCUAGGUUAGCAGCGUAUUGGAACGUUCCGAUAAUCACCGGGAUGGGCGAUCAGCCACCAUCAGAGGGUGAACUCUCUGUAACAUCUGGCAUUUUGGGCCGCAUUCAUAAAUGGAAAAAUGAAAGCUCGGGUAUGUUCAAAGACAAAUCCAAAUAUCCAACUCUAACACGAAUGUCAUACUGUCAAUGCAGAUUGAAAUUAGUUUUCGCAAGUAUAUUUCGUGAAUUCGGCUGGAAACAUAUAGCAUUGCUAUUGGAUCGGUCCGAUUUAUUUUCAUUAACUGUUGGAAAAAACUUGGAAUACGGAUUAAAACAGGAGGGACUUCUCAGUUUUGUGCGUGAGCUAAAUGGAAACGAAGAGGAAAAUUACGAUAAUUAUUUGAAGGACGCUAGUAUGUAUGCUAGAGUGGUAAUACUAUCCGUACGUGGCCUUUUGGUAAGAAAAUUUAUGCUAGCUGCACAUGAUUUAGGUAUGACGAAGGGCGAUUGGACGUUUUUUGAUGUGGAAAUCUUUCAGAGUUCAUACUGGGGUGACCAUGGUUGGAAAAUUGGAGACGCCGAUGAUCAUAAAGCCAGAACAGCUUACGAAUCCCUGUUAAGAGUUUCUCUGCUACAGCCAACGAGUCCGAAAUUUCAAGAUUUUGCUGAACAAGUAAAGGAACGUGCCUUAACUGACUAUAAUUAUACGUUUAGCGAAAAUGAAGAGGUGAACUGUUUUAUUGGUAAUUUUUACGAUGGAGUGUAUUUACUCGGUUUGGUACUUAACGAAACUUUAACAGAAGGAAAUGAUAUAACAGACGGUAUAAGUAUGACAAGGAAAAUGUGGAACCGAGAUUUUCAUGGAAUUACUGGACAUGUCCGAAUUGACGACAAUGGUGAUCGUGAUGCUGAUUAUUCAAUAAUUGAUUUGGACCCAAUUACUGGACGAUUUGAAGUCGUUGCUCAUUACUACGGAUUACAUAGACGCUACUCACCAGUUAAAGGAAAGAAAAUACAUUGGCCAGGGGGUAGACAAGGACCUCCACCAGAUAGACCAAAAUGUGGUUUUAUGGGAAAUUUACCAGAAUGUCAUGGACAAGAAGCGAUUUUUCUCUAUGGUGCGGUUGCAUUCAUAAUAUUUUUAGCAUUUGGUGGUCUUGUGACAUAUUUAAUGUGCAAGCAAAUGAAACUCAACAACGAGUUGAAUAACAUGUCGUGGCGAGUACGCCCCGAUGAGGUUCUGUUAGAAGUGGGUCGUUUAUACGGUAGUAAAAUGGGUCUUCAAAAGUUAAAUGUUGAGAGUUUUUCUUUACAACAGUUUGGUGUUGGUUCAGGUAGAGCAUCGAUCGGAAGCUGUACAUCUUUGCCACCCACUCAAGUGUUUACCACCAUUGGAAUUUACAAAGGGGAACGGGUAGCAAUAAAAAAAAUUGCGAAAAAGAAGGUGGACAUUACAUCAACGUUAUUAUGGGAAAUUAAACAGGCAAGGGAUGUUAGUCAUGAAAACACCGUACGAUUUGUUGGCGCCUGCAUCGACCUACCUCGACCGACUGUUCUCAUUUUAACAGAAUAUUGCCCAAAAGGAAGCUUAAAAGAUGUGCUGGAAAACGAGGCCAUUCAAUUGGAUUGGAAUUUUCGGAUGUCUUUGAUUCAUGACAUAGUUAAGGGCAUGGCAUAUCUACACAAUGUUUCCGAUGUUUCCGUGCAUGGAAAAUUACGAUCUUGUAAUUGUCUCAUCGACGGCAGAUUUGUAUUGAAAAUAUCGGAUUUCGGAUUGCGUACGUUGACCACACCGUCAGAGUUCAUAAAAGAUCAAAAUUUCUUUAACAAACUUUUAUGGGUAGCUCCAGAACUUCUACCGAUGACCAUUAUACCAGGUACGCCAGCUUCACAAAAGGGUGAUGUGUACUCAUUUGCCAUAAUUUUGGAAGAAAUUGUUGUUCGCGGAGGACCAUACGAAACAGCCAGACAGUACCUAGAUUCAAAAGCUAUUCUAGACCGAGUAGAAGCUCAUGAAGCCACACCAUUUCGACCAUUUAUUGGUCAACGAGAUUGUCCGCCGGAUGUGUUAGAUUUAAUGGAAAAAUGUUGGGCAGAUAAUCCAGAUGAUCGACCAGCGUUCGUAACAAUUCGAAGUACUAUGCGUGGUAUUAUGAAAGGAUUUUGCGAAAAUCUAAUGGACGACUUGCUACGUCGGAUGGAACAGUAUGCAAACAAUUUAGAAAGUUUGGUUGAGGAAAAGACUGAACAAUUAAGUAUGGAAAAGCGUAAAACUGAAGAGUUACUUUAUCAAGUUCUUCCACGUCCCGUUGCAACCCAAUUGCUAGCUGGAGAAAUGGUUCAACCAGAACAAUUUGAGUGCGUUACAAUAUAUUUUAGCGACAUAGUUGGUUUCACCGCACUGUGUGCUCAAAGUCGUCCGAUGGAAGUUGUAGACUUUUUGAACGAUUUGUACAGCACGUUUGAUAGAAUAAUUGGAUCAUAUGAUGUCUAUAAGGUUGAGACAAUAGGCGACGCCUACAUGGUUGUAUCAGGUCUACCAGAGCGAAAUGGACAUGAUCAUGCAAAGGAAAUCGGAUUGAUGGCAUUAUCAAUUUUAGAAGCUGUUCGAUGUUUUACAAUCAAACACAAACCGGACUAUCAAUUGCGCAUACGAAUCGGAAUUCAUUCAGGAAGUGUAUGUGCAGGAGUAGUCGGAGUGCGUAUGCCACACUAUUGUUUGUUCGGUGAUACAGUCAACACAGCUUCACGGCUUGAGUCAACUGGAAUCCCUCUCAAGAUCCAUGUAUCAGAUGCUGCCAAAGAAAUUUUGGACAAAUUUGGCACGUUCAGGCUAGAGUUACGUGGCGAUGUUGAACUGAAAGGUAAAGGUGUUGUUACGACAUACUGGCUACUAAAUUGUACGGAACAGGACCCUAGGCCGCCGACUCCAUUGAAAACGUAUCACAGUGAGGCUGAGGCGCCAUUUACAUUAUUCUUUCCGGCUAUCGGGAAAUAACUAUAUUGAGUAGUUUAACCUUUCACAGACGGCAUAUCUACGGUAUAAUUAUAUUGAGUCUGUUACUAGGUUUCGUUUUAAGCAUUUUCAGCAGAUUGAUGUAAAGUCUUAUCGCUGCAUUAGAUUUAGUAUGUGUAAGCCCAGACUUCAUCGCUUUUUUUGUCGCAGCUGUGGAUAACAAAUGAUAUAGUCGUCUGGAACGGGGUAGCUAGCAUAUUAUAUGAUAUAUAUGUUGGUAUGAGAUAUUGAUAAGCAUCUAGUCAAAUGGAUGGGAACCAAUUUUGUGUAAAUUAGAAAAUUAAAGUCUAUGUAAAUGGAAAAUGAGUAUUUUUUGAAGGAACAAUACAUUAAUUCA